GUGCCUCGGAACUCCAAGGGCGGCGUGCUCGUCACGGAGGAGGAGCUCAAGGCCGCCUUCGACUUCUUCGACGUCGACUCGUCGGGGAAGAUCACGCUGGGCAACCUCCGGAAACGGCUCGGCGUCUUCUACAAGAACAUGCCCGCGAAGGAGUACCGCUUCCUCAUGAACAACAAGAGCGAGAUGACCCUCGAGGACCUCAAGGAGCUGUUGUUGGAGAACGAGGUGAAGAACUUCGACCCCGUGGCCGAGGCCUUCAAGGUCUACGACCCGGACGGCACGGGCUUCGUCGACAGCAACGUGCUCCGGUCCAUCUUCGAGAACCUCGGCUUCGGCGAGAUCACGGACGACGACCUGACCAUCCUCACGGAGACGGGCGACGUCGACGGCGACGGCAAGAUCUCCCUCAUGGACUUCCGGAAGAUGCUC